AUGGGUGGUGCCAGUGCGAAAAGGAAGAAGGAAAAGAAGAAGGACUUCCAGAAACCCAAAUUAAAGGUUGGCAAAGCGAAACCAAAGGCAGCCAACGCAACAAAUACCAGCUUCAAGGCAAAAGCAAUUGCACUGAAGCAGCAGUCCCUCUCAGCGAAUGCUCCUACCGUGGAAGCGCAAUGUGCGCAUCACUUGGGCCUCCUUAAUCACAAAUCAGAUACUCAACGUCGAGACUCUCUGGCUUAUCUGACGAGUGUACUUUCCACCCACCCCCCAAACGUUCCACUCCCCCAACCGUCGUCUGUGAUCAUACCUACUGCACAGCGCCUGAUCCUGGACGGCUCGAAUGCGGUUCGACAGCAACUCCUCAAGCUCUUACAGAGCUUGCCCAGGGAUGACAUUGCUGGCCACACCGACCAGCUUCUACUGCACACCAGGGCUGGAAUGACACACCUCUCCACCGAAAUCCGGCUCUUCGCCCUCGACGUCUUGGAAUGGUUGCUCUCUGCGGCCGGCGAUGAUGUGGUCAGCUGCGCUGGAGGGUGGGUCAAAACGCUGAAAUGUUUCCUGAGCCUGCUAGGUUGGAAGAAUGAUACAUCGAGCAAAUGGUCGUCAGCCAUGUCUUUUAGCAAGUCUUCGAGCUCGGACGCCAAAGUGCAGGUCAAGCAGAUGAAUGCGCUCACGCUUUUCCUCAAAACCGGCCUGUUCCCUUCUCAAACUUGGACGGCGGCUAGAGGAGGAGCUGAGCACUUCCCUCUGUGGCAAACGGAGCACCAUGUGCUAUCCGAGAGAUCCAACACGUAUGCCCAUUUGAAUCUGUUCGGGGCAGCAAGAGACGAGGAAGCAGAGAUGUACGAAGACAGGGAAGACAGGCAGCGCGUGUUCCACGACCGCGCGGAAGCCUCUAUUGUUUCCGGGAUUGAACUGGUCAUCAAAGGCGGGGGAGAGCCUGGUCGUGCUGCGGCGCAGUUGCGUAAGACGUUGAAGGAUGGCAUGAUAGAUUACCGCGCUUGA